UCUCCAUGUAUUAUUCCAAGUAUGGUUAGUAAUGAAAUAAUCUCUUUGUUUCUCAAACACUAAUAUGGUAUGAAGCCAAAUACUAUCCGAAAACCCCAAUCACGACUACAAUCUUCUUAUCCCGUCAACCAUGGAAAGAACACAAAGCUCCGCACCGGCAAACGACGGGACCGAUUCAACUUCUGAACAGCCCACCACCGGUCACAAUCAGAGAACCAGAGUUCAAUCAACUCCCAGUAAUCGCAUUUCCGCACAGAACAAUCGCACUACUACUAUUAAUCACACUUUUGCUCACGAUGGCACCAAUCCGACUGUUUCUGCAAAUUGAUUCUCUGUCUUCGAAACCCCAAAUUGGUCUUCCCAUGAAGAGAACAGAGAUCCCGAUCACUUGAGCUCUAAUGAAAAUCCAGGAGCACUGAUUGUUUCCACCAUUCUUACUGGUCCCAAUUUUCAUUCUUGGAAAAGAGGGAUAAUCGUUUCUUUAGGAGCCAAGAACAAGCUUCCCUUAAUCGAUGGAUCUCUACCCCAACCUGAUGAUGGCGACCCCCUUCUUGUGUCUUGGUGCCGAUGCAAUCACAUGAUUAUAGCUUGGCUCUACAACUCAGUCUCCAAAUAAAUUUCUGACAACAUCAUGUAUCUAAACAAUGACGCUGCUAUUUGGAACGAGCUCCAUGAUCACUUCAAUCAUGGAAAUGGGCCUCGCGUAUUUCAACCACGUACCCAUCUUCAGUCCCUAUGACAAGGAGAUCAAAUUGUGAGCAUCUAUUUCACAAAACAGAAAGCUCUUUGGGAUCAAAUCUGUGAUUUUCGACCAUGCCUGCUAUGCAAAUGUGGGGCUAUGCAGAUAUUGCAACAUCACUACAAUGAAGAAUUUGUUUUGCAAUUCUUGACUGGCCUUGUGUGCGAAAUCCUUCUUAUUGAACCAUUCCCAUCAAUUUCAAAGGUGUUUAACAUGAUUAUUCAAGCAGAAAAUCAAAGGACCCUUGGCACCAUACCACCAAUUGCCACUACUCUUACCCAACCAAGUACUUCCAAUCCUUCUCAACCACCUAAAAACAAGAAGCCCCGGCCCUACUGCUCUAAUUGUCACAAGCUUGGACAUUUAGUGGACAAAUGCUUCUUCAUUCAUGGUUUUCUUCCAGGGUACGACUCCAAGAAGAACACAAAUCCAACUGUUAAUUCCACAUCUUUAACCACAGAUACAUCUACUGCAGACGCUAGUUCCAUCAAUAAGCUCACCACUCAAUGUCAGCAUCUUUUUUCUCUACUCAGUCAGCAAUUGAAACCCAAUGAUUCUUAUCCCGAAACACAGCCUGUCGUCUCAAACUUCUCUGGGACUUUCAAUGACUUCGAGCAUUGGGAUAGCUAAGAAAAUUGGCAACCUAUACUAUGUCGAACAACAAUUUUCUCCACACUUUGUUUUAGUUUAUGCUAUUUUAGAUUCUUGUAAUGAUGGGAAUCAGUGGCAUACAAGACUUUGUAACGCCCUACUAGCUUAGAGCCGUUACCAAGUGAGUUUAAAAUGUGCAAUUAACUCGCUAAACGAAGUUUUUAGAAUAAAAGUUGACUAAGCAAAAGUCAAGGCUGUAAUCUUUGAAAAUACUCUAUUUCAUUGAAAAUUUCAAGUGUCUAACAUCCCAAAAUAAGGUUUACAAAAUAUUUACAACUCAAAAUAGGUUUACAGUUUAUUAAAACCAAAGCAGUCGGGCAGGCCAAACAUGUAUGCGCUGCUUCACGCUCUCCGUACUCAUGGCUGGUUGACUUUUUCUUUGCCCUUACUUGCAACACAGAGCACCCGUGAGCCGAAGCCCAGCAAGAAAACUCAUACAGCAUAUAACAUAUGCAUAUUAUAUAAUCAACAUAUCAGAUAAUCCACAGAUAAACAGAUAGUCCAUCAGACUAAACAAAUACGGCCAUGCCGUCCCAGAAGCAUUACCAAAGCCUGGGGUCUUGGUUCUCACCGUAAGGAUAUCCCAUGUAUCCAUUGGGGUCUCACCCUAACAAUAAGCACUCCAUGUGCUAAGUGUUAUUCCUGGCCCCACUGCCGUUCUCGGCCCUUCGUCGUUCUCGGCUCCCUGCUGUUCCCAGCUCCUUUGCCGUUCAUUCUACUAUAAUCACAUAUAGCAUAACUCAAACAACAUUCAAGCAUAUAAUAAUUCAAUCAAGGCUACACCCUAACAUGUAAUACAAUCUAGGGCCGUGCCCUGCAACAACAUUAUGGGCCCAUGCCCUGCUCUACGGGUACUACAGUUUUCUUACCUGUAUCCUGAGCUCCUCAAUCCACCAAAGUCACGAGCACGGUCCUCUAUCCCGAGCCUCUCCGAAAACCUAGUCACAACACAUAUAAAACACCCUUUAAUACAACUAAUCCAAAAACCACUUCCCGGGACCUAUCCCACACUCUCGGGACCUCCAAUUUCCCAAAACAAUGCAAUAGAAACAUUCCCCGAGCCCCCGGGGAAAAUGCCCAAAAUUGCAAAAUUUCACUGCCCAGAAAAUAGCCUAGCGCCGCGGCACUACCCUUUAAGGGCCG